GCGCGCCGCCCGGACCGGGACCUGGGCGUCCUCUUCGCUCCCAGCUGGACCCAGGGUCGUGCUCAGCGGGCCGGGGACCGCCGGCGACGCAGGUCGACCCCAUCCCCCUCCGUUUUCACCUGAAGGGCAGAGGGGACAGAGUCCCACCCUCUGCGCAUCCUCCUCCCGGAAGAGCAAUGGAGAGGCCGCCCGGCGCCAGCGGAGCCGUCUUCUCUCUCCUGUCCCUCCUCUUGCAUUUUGCCAGCGCCUCUGACAUCCCGCUUUCAGUUCAACAGGUUCCAACCAUCACAAAACAGUCAAAGGAGCAAGUCGCCUUUCCCUUUGAUGAGUAUUUCCAAAUCGAAUGCGAAGCCAAAGGCAAUCCGGAGCCAAGAUUUACGUGGACGAAAGAUGGCAAGCCCUUUGACUUCUCCGACCCUCGGAUCAUUGUCUCCAACAACUCAGGGACCUUCCGGAUCCCAAAUGAGGGGCAGAUAGCUCACUUCCAAGGGAAAUACCGCUGCUUCGCUUCGAACAAGCUGGGAGUGGCUAUGUCAGAAGAAAUAGAGUUUAUAGUUCCCAAUGUUCCAAAAUUCCCCAAAGAAAAGAUCGAGCCCCUUGAAGUGGAGGAGGGAGACCCCCUGGUCCUGCCCUGCAACCCGCCCACGGGGCUGCCCCCGCUGCACAUCUACUGGAUGAACAUCGAACUGGAGCACAUCCAGCAGGACGAGAGAGUGUACAUGAGCCAGGAGGGGGACCUGUACUUUGCGAACGUGGAGGAACACGACAGCCGAAACGACUACUGCUGCUUCGCCGCCUUCCCCAGGCUGAGGACCAUCGUGCAGAAAAUGCCGAUGAAGCUGACCGUCAACAGUUUAAAGCAUGCUAAUGACUCGGGUUCAUCCACAGAAACCGGCUCCGAGGCAAAUUCCAUCAAGCAGAGGAAGCCCAGCCUGCUGCUGCCUCCGGCUGCGAGGGGCCCCGAGUCCGCGGUCACCGUCCUCCGGGGGGACACCCUGGUGCUGGAGUGCUUCGCCGAAGGCCUGCCAACACCCCAGGUCGACUGGGAGAAAGUGGGUGGUGAUUUACCAAAAGGAAGAGAAACGAAAGAAAAUUACGGCAAGAUGUUGAAGAUAGAGAACGUCUCCUACCAGGACAAAGGGAAUUACCGCUGCACGGCCAGCAACUCCCUGGGCGUGGCCACGCACGAUUUCCACGUCACCGUAGAAGAGCCCCCUCACUGGACGAAGAAACCCCAGAGUGGCGUGUACAGCACGGGGGCCAGCGGCAUCCUGCUGUGCGAGGCGGAGGGCGAGCCCGAGCCCGUCAUCCGGUGGCGAGUCAACGGCGUCCCCAUAGAGGAAAAUCCAUUUGCCGGUGAUGUUGUCUCCCCCGGGGAGGUCAGCUUCACGGACCUGCAGCCCAACCACACGGCCGUGUACCAGUGCGAGGCCUCCAACGCGCACGGCACCAUCCUGGCCAACGCCAACGUCGACGUGGUCGAUGUCCGUCCACUGAUAGAAACUGAGGACGAGGAGAGCUACGCCGCCGUGACGGGGUCCAGCGCCUUCCUGCGCUGCGAGUUCUUCGCCUCGCCCCCGGCCAUUGUGUCCUGGCAGAAGGCAGACGCAGCCAGGCCUCUGGAAGGCCCACGGUACCAUGUCCACGCCAACGGGACCCUGCAGGUCCGCGAGGCCACGGCGGAGGACGCGGGCGCCUACUCCUGCUGGGUGGAGAACGCGCAGGGGAAAACCGCAGUCACGGCCAGUCUGGACAUCCGCAAUGCCACGAAGCUCCAGGUCUCUCCCAGGGACCCCCGCGUCCCCCGAUCGCACACACUGGAGCUGCACUGCGAGAGCGAGUGUGACCCGCAGCUGAAGCCGAGUCUGAGGUUGACCUGGAGCAAAGGGGGUGCCGCCUUCGAGACCAACGGCACCGAGGACGGCAGGAUACUGAUUGACGGAGCCCACCUGACCAUCUCCAACCUCACCCUGGAGGACCAAGGCGUCUACACCUGCUCAGCUCACACAGCUCUCGACAGCGCUGCCGACGGGACUCGCGUGACCGUGCUCGAUGUUCCGGAUCCCCCCGAAAACCUCCACUUGUCGGAACGACAGAACAGGAGUGUGCGGCUGACGUGGGCCGCCGGGGACAACCACAACAGCAACAUCAGCGAGUAUGUCGUGGAGUUUGAGGGCAGCAGGGAGGAGCCGGGCCGGUGGGAGGCGCUGGCGGCCGUCCCCGGGGAGGAGACCACGGUGCUGCUGCCUCUGGCGCCCUACGUGAGAUACCGGUUCAGGGUCAUCGCCGCCAACGAGGUGGGCAGGAGCCGCCCCAGCAGGCCGAGCGAGCACCACGAAACGCCUCCCGCAGCUCCAGACAAGAAUCCACAAAACAUAAGGGUUCAAGCCUCUCAGCCCAAGGAAAUGGUUAUCAAGUGGGAGCCUCUGAAGUCCAUGGAGCAGAACGGGCCGGGGCUGGAGUACAGAGUGGCCUGGAAGCCCCUGGGGGCCCCGGGGGAGUGGGAAGAGGAGACGGUCCGGGAGCACAGCCUGCGGGUGAUGACGCCGGCCGUCUACGCCCCCUACGAGGUCCAGGUCCAAGCCCUCAACCACCUGGGCGCCGGCCCCCAGCCCCAGUCCGUGGUGCUCUACUCCGGGGAAGACUACCCCGACGCGGCCCCGGUGAUCCACGGCGUGGACGUGGUGAACAGCACGCUGGCGAAGGUGACCUGGUCCUCGGUGCCGAAGGACAGAGUGCACGGGCGUCUGAAGGGAUACCAGAUAAACUGGUGGAAGACCAAAAGCCUGGCGGACGGGAGAGCACUCCCCAAGGAGGUGAGCGUCCUGCGGUUCCCGGGCCAGAGGAGCUCCGGCAUGCUGCCCGCGCUGGACGCCUUCAGCGAGUUCCACCUGACCGUCCUGGCCUUCAACGCCAAGGGCGCUGGUCCCGAGAGCGAGCCCUACGUCUUCCAGACACCGGAAGGAGUGCCCGAACAGCCAGCCUUCCUCAAGGUCAUCAAAGUGGACAAGGACACGGCCACGUUGGCCUGGGGGCCGCCCGGGAAGCUGAACGGACACCUCACCGGCUACCUGCUGCAGUACCAGAUCAUAAACGACACCGAGGAGAUCGGAGAGCUAAACGACGUCCACAUCACCGCCCCGGCCAAGCCCAGCUGGCGUCUGUCGAACCUCAACGCCACCACCAAGUACAAAUUCUACGUGCGGGCUUGCACGUCCCGGGGCUGCGGGAAACCCGUCACGGAGGAAACGGCCACCUUGGGAGAGGGCAGCAGAGGUCUCGGGAAGCUCUCGGAAGGAGUGAAUGCCACUGAAAAGGUUCAGCCCCCCGAGGCGCCCGAGCCCGGAGCCGAACACGCAGUCCGCCUCCUGCCCAAGAACUGGGCUGGGAACAAUAGCAUUUUUGAAGAUGUGAUUGAGGCGAGAGGGAGAGAGUACGCUGGCUUGUAUGACGACAUCGCCACGCAGGGCUGGUUCAUCGGGCUGAUGGGCGCCAUCGCCGUCCUCACACUCGUGCUGCUGACCGUCUGCUUCGUGAAGAGGAACCGAGGUGGCAAGUACUCAGUGAAGGACAAGGAGGACUUGCACCCGGACCCGGACGUCCAGUCGGGGAAAGAUGAGACCUUUGGUGACUACAGCGACAGCGACGAGAAGCCUCUGAAGGGAAGCCUCCGGUCCCUCACGCGGGACCUGCCGGCCACGGAGAGCGCCGACAGCCUGGUCCCCUACGGGGACGGUGACCACGGCCUGUUCAGUGAAGACGGGUCCUUCAUCGGUGCCUACGCGGGCUCCAAGGAGAAGGGCUCGGUGGAGAGUAACGGCAGCUCCACGGCCACCUUCCCUCUGCGCGCGUGAGUGCCACGCGUGGGCACCACACGUGGGAGCCACGUUUCACCUGUGAGCAUGACCACUGCCUGUGGGAGCCACGUUUCCCCUGUGAGCAUGACCACUGCCUGUGGGAGCCAUGUUCCCCUUGCCCAUGUGGCCACCACGUGUGGAAACCACAGUCCCCCUGCAAGCGUGACUGCCACGUGUAGGAGGCACAUGUGGGAGCCACGUUCCCCCUGCCCACGUCACCUCCAAGUAUGGGGGCCAUGAUCCCCCUGCAAGCGUGGCUGCCUCGUGUGGGCGUCCGUGGUUCCCACCGACCUCCUGUCUGUUGGCUCGCGGGCCCAGAGCGUGCACCCGGGACCCAGCACUGCCAGAGGCUCCAGCCAGACCCCCACGCCCUGCGCCCACGCGGAGCAGACAGCACUGCCGUGAACAGUCACAAUGCGCCGCGCGCCGCGGGCCUCUUGCCGUUUGUUCGUGUUCUUUCCAGGUGCUGAACGUGCAGAACACGGAGCAGCCGUGUGCAGGUCCACCUCCAGGAAUCCAAAGUGUCCGUCAGCGUGUUCCGUCCCCACCGGCCGCGUUUGCACAGACGUGGCGGCCCCGCGGGGUCUGUUUGCACGAGGGUGCUCCUCGCUGGGGAGUCUGGGUGACUGCUCCCCUGCAGGUUAGGAGGUAGACGGGGGAGCACACCGUUAUUUAAGCGUAAAGAGGAAAAUGAAUGUCUUACUAAAGCCGUUGGUUGUCUGUGUGCAGACAGAGUUUAUUAUUUAAGUUUAGAAGAAGUCUUAGGUGCCCGGCCCGCGAGUGCGCACUGAGCGCUCUUUGCCCGGAGGCAGCCUGUUCAAACAGCAGCCGGACUUGCUCAGCGCAGCGGGAAUGGUUCUUUCCUGUCGGCUGUGACCCCGGCACACGUCCCGGGGGUGUUUUUUCUUGGACUGAAUUCAGCUGCAGGAGAGGCCGCGUCCCAGGCCGCUUAGGAAAGAUGGUGAUUGCUCGCACUGCCCAGGGUGGUCGCCGUGGCUCCGUGACACCCCCGCUCCCACCGUGACUGCCCCACCUCCUGCCGUUCCCCUAACUGUACGCGUAUCCACGCUGAUGUUCACACCGGAGGAGGUGGGGCUGGAGGGGCGAGGGAGGACCAGAGCGCCGUGUGCGCGGAGAGGACAUGGAAGACGCCGUCCCCACCAUCCCGGGGCCACGCCCAGGCCGGGCGGCUCCCACACCGGCUCUGCACACAGCGCCUGGACUCUCUCUCCAUGGCCUCCGCCAAGGGUCUCACAGUAAAAUGUCCCGUAGACAUGGAGGGAACGUCUUCAUAUUUUUUCAACCUAAAUUUUGUUGGGGGGGCGUGUGCCCCGACCCCAGCCCCGAGGAGGAGCCGUUCACACGUCCCUCCAGCACGGGCUGGCCGUGUUUGGGGGCGUGUUCCGUGUUCCCCUGGCGAUGUCAGUGCCAAGGGAGGGGAUUUGUUUCCUGGCACGUGGGCUGCCCUUCUGUCUAAAAUUGUCCACGAAAACGUGUAGAAAGAGAUGAAGGCGCGUGCAUGCGCGUCAGCAACCUGCAGCGCUCAGCUCGCAAUGUGUGGAAAUAGCGCUCAGCCUCGCCACAGAACCCGUAAUUGUGUUUGCCCCAAGCUGGUUCCCAGGUUCCGCCUUCCUUUUGGAGCUGUGGCUGUGGGCGUCCCUGCUAGUUAAACCCUUGACUUCGGUAUUUGUUGCAUCUAUCUAUAUCUAGCUGUCGUUUUAAACCUCGUGUGUCGUCCAAAAUGCAUGGGCAGGAAAGAAUGUCUGAGUUAAAACAGUGACUUACGGGUCAGGAUCGGAGUGUCCUCCCCACCCCAAGCACGUGUUUCCAGCGGGGAGCCUUGGUCCUCGCCCUGUGUGGGGGUGGGGACCCGCACACCUGUGGGUGCACCCCGAACUCUGUCCGCAUCUGGUUUCUAAGGAUCCGCUUUUCUGGAGGCGGGAUCCUCACGUGCUGACUGCUCCGAGGGGAAGUCUGGUCCCCGGCUCCUGACGAGGCCAUGGUCGUGACUCGGGAGUUGCAUUCUUCUGCGACUUUAGCUCCUGUUCUUUGUCAUCAGGUCUUAAGAGAAUCAUAUAAAUAGGAAGCAACCUCCAAAAAGCAUCGGGAGCUCGUCUAUGAUGAAUUUAAUAACCUCCAGUUAGAAGUCAACACUGGCCAGAUGUUUCCUUGUCCGAAAUCUUAGCGCUCCCUUAGCUGGGGGACAAGGAGGUCCCUUCCAAGUGGCCCAAACCGAGGGACGUGGAACAUACGACUGCCUUCGACGGCCUUUCUCGAUCUCCCGUGACCGCUUCUCCGUGCAUUUGGCCUCUUCUCCCGGGAACCUCCGCACAGAAGGACUAGAUCCGAGACUGACUUUCUCGCUCCCACUGUCAGUGCUUCUCUGAUGUAACAGGUUGUGUAUUCUCGCGAGGACUCUUGGUGGAAUGACCCAGGCUUGGGGAGACCCCAGUUCCCUCCCGGUCCCAGCACCGACUUUGUCCAGAAACCCCGACAUAGGCACGUUGCUGGACCCCUUUGCUUCAAAUGGUCUCAACUCUCAAGUGCUAACAAUGAUCUCAGUUACCUUCUCUUCGUCACAGGGUGUUCUUCUUUAUGGAGAAAAAUUUGAAAAUAAUAAUAGCUAAGAUGCCUUUGAACUUGAUAAGCAAACCCAUACUCCGAUGAUGUAUCGAAAAGUCACCCCACGCACACCCACGCGACGCUUUCCUGUGAGCACAUAAAUAUAUUUUUAUAGGAAAACAAACCUACAGGAAACAAAGUAGAUCCGCUGUUCCGCGAGCAGCGUGAUGCGCACACGCCAUCAAAAAUGACGAGUCAGACGCGAAUGAAGCAGGGUCUUUGCUACGCAGAAGUGACUUCAUGAGCUUUGCACGUAUGUUCAUGAGCCAGUGUGAAUUCGGCGGGUUUGUUCUAUUUGUGUAAAGGCGUCUGCUAUUUUGGAUGUCCCCAUGUUUGUAAGAAAUGUAAAAGCACAAUGGAAUUGUGCGGGAAGCCUCAAAUAAUAUUUUUUUCCUAUUUUAUACUCAUGGAGGAGAUGAGCUAAAGAGAGAGACCGAUCAUGAGAAAUGUUGUUUGGCUUUUCUAAGCAUUGAAAACACGGCUGCCCAUCGAAACCCUAGCUCUGUUUACAUGCCACGAAGAUAGGGUUCCUGGCACAAGGUGGGUGGGUCCUAAGGGGCUGGUGUGCACGCUGUGGUAGCCUGGACACCGAGGCUCCCGCGGGGCAGCGGGCACACAGAGGCGAAGCUGACCUCGCUGUGUCUCACACUAUGUGAUCAUGUCAUCAGUAGAGAUGAAAGGUAUGUGCAACUGGCUUACCGGACUGCUUUUUUUUUUUUUUUUUACUUAGAUUGAUAUUCAUAGCAGAACUUUAUUGAAAUGUGUUUGUGUUGUAGGUGGUGUUUGUACUAUGCCUGUGAAUACGUACGGUUUAAAACUAUUUUCAUUAUACACGAGACUCAACUUUCCAAAUAAAAGUUUGACUUCAUGAACUCUA